AUGAUGGUAAUGCUUGGCGAGUUGGGAGGCGACGAAGAGUAUAAAGUUGUUGAGGCUCUAAAAGAGAAACGCCUAACAAAACCACUGGUUGCAUGGUGCAUCGGAACAUGCGCUGACUACAUCACAUCAGAGAUCCAGUUUGGCCAUGCAGGUGCAUCAGCAAAUGCAAAAUCGGAAACAGCGAGCGCGAAAAAUUUGGCGCUAAAAGAAGCUGGUGCUUAUGUACCGCGUUCUUUUGAUGACCUUGGCAAUGAAAUCGCAAAGGUAAAAUUUCAGCUUUCUCUCUUUGGGUAUUCAGACAUCUGA